GAUUCAGUCAAUCCAACAUGAUGACUUAUUUUAAUCAUGCAGAUACCAUGGACUUCAGCUGUUUUUUGCUUUGUAUGGUUCAGCAAGUUGAAUGCAAAUUGCUGAAUGAGUAAACAAAACUUGCUGGUUCGUUUUAAUAUUUGUUUUAUGCAUUACAAGAUGGUUUCGGAUAUUACAAAGAUGAAUACAAGUAUGGUGUUCAUUGGGUUGGGAAGGAAACUAUUGUUUAUGUGUGAAGCACGACUAAUGGCAGUUCUGAUAGAUCCAAGAAAGUCCGGACUCAGCAUUGGGAGUCUCUUUCAAGGUGAAUACUGAUGGCUCAAGGACAGAGAAACAGAUAAGAGACUAUUAAAGAAGACAGAAAUGAGGAGUUCUGGUUAUGUGGACAUCGCUCAAACUUGGUAUCCUUUGGUAUGAACUGUUGAGAUCGACCAUUUUAUGUCAGAAGCCAGGCUCACAAGCAGGAUGAAAGAAAAUUUGAAUUCCUGAGGUGUGAGAUUAUGAUACUAUUCGAUAGUAUUCAAUUUUUCUGGUGCAGAAGAGCUCCAUCUGCUGCCACUGUCCAAGGGUGAAAACAGAGUCAACUAUUAACAGAAAUGGGAGAGUUAUCAGGGAGAAAAAAGGGUAAGUUGAGAUGGAGCAAAUUGUAUUCCUUUUCAUGCCUGCGACCCUCCAUUUCUGAUCCCUCGCCUGUUCAGAAGCUCUUUGGUCAGCCAGGAUUUUCUCGUGUGGUUUUCUGCAAUGAAUCUCAACUACACAAGAUCAAACCUUACAAAUACCCCAACAACUAUAUAUCAACGACCAAGUACAAUUUUGUUACUUUUCUUCCCAAAGCUCUUUUUGAACAGUUCCGCAGAGUUGCAAAUCUUUAUUUUCUCUUGUCUGCCGCAUUGUCGAUGACUUCAUGGGCCCCUUUCAAUCCAGUAAGUUUGAUUGCUCCCUUGGUGUUUGUGGUGGGGAUUAGCAUGCUCAAAGAGGCAGUGGAGGACUGGCAUAGAUUUUUGCAGGAUUUGAAUGUAAACUCUCGAAAUGUAAAGGCUCAUACUGGAAAUGGUACAUUUAUAAAUAAACAAUGGCAGUCACUCUGUGUAGGAGAUGUCAUCAAAGUUCAUAAGAAUGAAUAUUUUCCAAGUGAUCUCCUUCUGUUAUCUUCUAGCUAUGCAGAUGGUGUUUGUUACGUAGAGACCAUGAACCUUGAUGGAGAGACCAAUUUGAAAGCUAAAAGAUGCCUAGAAGCCACACUUGGCUUGGAUGAGGAACCAGAAUUCAAAAAUUUUACAGCUACAAUUCGUUGUGAGGAUCCAAAUCCAAGCCUUUACACCUUUGUGGGGAAUUUGGAGUUUGACAAUAAAUCAUAUCCCUUGUCCCCAGCUCAGGUGCUGUUAAGAGACUCAAAACUUCGAAACACUGAUUACAUUUAUGGAGUUGUUAUCUUUAGCGGGCCGGAUACGAAAGUAGUAAGAAACUCCACUAUAUCACCAUCUAAACGUAGCCAGAUUGAGAGAAAGAUGGAUCAUGUCAUUUACCUUCUUUUCUCAAUGCUUGUUUUGAUUUCAUUGGUCACUGCAAUGGGAUGUGCAUUGGUUGUGAAAUAUGAUAUGGUUAAUUGGUGGUACCUUCGUUUGCAAGAAGAAGAUCCAUUCUUCAGUCCAUCAAAGCCCUUCGAAUCGGGUUUCCGACAAUUCAUAAGGGCCCUCAUUUUGUACGGCUACUUAAUCCCCAUUUCUCUCUAUGUCUCCAUUGAACUUGUCAAAGUUCUACAAGCUACGCUUAUUAAUAAGGAUAUAGAAAUGUAUGAUGAAGUAACAUGCAAGUCAGUUGAAGCCCGGACUUCAAAUCUGAAUGAGGAGCUUGGUCAGGUAGAAAUGAUUCUGUCAGAUAAAACUGGGACUUUGACUUGCAACCAGAUGGAAUUUAGGAAGUGCUCUAUCGCAGGGAUUUCAUAUGGAGGUGAUAUUAAUGAAGUUGAUCUUGCUGCAUCGAAAAGAAUAAAUGCUGACAUGGAGAGAUAUCAAUUUAGUUUCGCUAUGUCUGAUUCUAUAACUGAAAGCUUUGAAAUGUUGGAGUUCUCUGUUGCUGAUAUUAGCAUACAGAAGGCAGCUCUAGGCGGCAAAGAGGACAUUGAGAAUCUACCGACAGGAAAUUCGAGAAUUUCUCAUUCAGGGAAAGAAUCUGUUAUCAAAGGUUUCAACUUCAAGGAUGAGCGGCUCACAGGAAAAAGUUGGAUUUGGACAUCCAACUCAUAUGACAUGACCAUGUUCUUCAGAGUCAUGGCAUUGUGUCACACAGGCAUACCUAUUGAAGAGGAUCAAACUGGUAAGCUGAAGUAUGAGGCGGAAUCACCUGAAGAAGUGGCGUUUUUGAUUGCUUCACAAGAGUUUGGAUUCAAAUUUUUGCGGAGAACCCAGUCUGUAAUGGUCCUUAAGGAGCUUGACCCUUCCUCUGGUUUUGAGGUAGAGAGGGAGUACAAACUUUUAAAUCUGCUAGAGUUCAGCAGUUCACGAAAGAGGAUGUCUGUAAUAGUUAGCAAUGAGGAUGGUCAGAUCUUUCUGCUCUGCAAAGGCGCUGACUGCAUUAUCUUGGAUAGGCUUGACGAUCAUGGUAGGUCAUAUCAGCAAGCAACAAGUUCACACCUUUCCGAUUAUGCAGAAGAUGGCUUGCGCACUCUGGUAUUUGCUUAUCGGAAACUUGAAGUGGCUGAGUAUGAGAAUUGGAACUCAAUAUUUACAAGAGCUAAGACCACUGUAGGUCCCGAAAGAGAUGAGUUGCUAGAGAGUGCUUCUGAAAUGAUAGAAAAAGAUUUGAUUCUACUAGGGGCUGCGGCUGUUGAAGACAAGCUACAGAAAGGGGUUCCUGAGUGCAUAGAUAAACUUGCUCAAGCAGGCCUGAAGUUCUGGUUGCUCACAGGUGACAAGAAGGAGACUGCAGUAAAUAUCGGAUUUGCUUGUAGUUUACUUGGACACAAUAUGAGACAAUUUCAUUUGAGUUUGAGCAAAGAAGUUGAAAACAGCAACCAAGUGCAGGCUAUGAAAGACGACAUUUUGCAUCAAAUUGAAAGCUUUUCCCUGGCGAUGAGUGAAGAAAGAAGCAAGAAUGCACCCUUUGCUCUGAUUGUAGAUGGGAAAGCUCUUGAAAUAGCUUUGAGAAGUGAUGUGAAGAACCAUUUCUUCUGCUUGGCUGUUAAUUGCAUCUCUGUUAUAUGCUGCCGAGUGUCUCCAAAACAGAAAGCUUUGAUUACAAGGUCAGUGAAGGCAUACACUGGCAAGAUAACCUUAGCAAUCGGAGAUGGAGCGAAUGAUGUUGGCAUGAUUCAGGAAGCUGAUAUUGGAGUUGGAAUCAGUGGCAUGGAAGGAAUGCAGGCAGUCAUGGCCAGUGAUUUUUCAUUGCCUCAAUUUCAUUUCUUGGAGCGCUUACUUCUAGUUCAUGGGCAUUGGUGUUACAAGAGGAUCUCCAAGAUGAUUCUCUACUUUGUAUACAAGAACAUAUUGUUGGGACUUACCCUAUUCUACUACGAAUUAUACACAGCAUUCUCUGGGGAGGUCCUAUACGAUGACUGGUAUAUGGUACUGUUCAAUGUUAUGUUGACAUCCUUGCCGGUUAUAUCAUUGGGAGUCCUUGAGCAGGAUGUUUCAUCAGAAGUAUGCCUGCAGUUUCCAGCUCUCUAUCAACAAGGACAAAGGAAUAUUCACUUCAGUUGGGUACGCAUAAUUGGCUGGAUUUUGAACGGUGUAGUGACUUCACUGGUCAUCUUAACCAUGAACAUAAGAAUACUGUCUCCCACUGCAUUCCGCGAGGAGGGAGACGUGGCAGACAUGGCACACCUUGGUGCCAUCACAUACACAUGCGUUAUUUGGACUGUCAACUGCCAGAUCGCCCUUAUCAUCAACCAUUUCACUUGGAUCCAACAUGUUUUCAUCUGGGGUAGCAUCCUGUCCUGGUACAUCUUGUUGCUGAUCUAUGGUGCUCUCCCUCCCUCGUAUUCAAACCUAGCAUUUCACCUGUUGGUGGAAGCUAUUGGGCCUGCGCCAAUGUACUGGAUGGUCACAUUGCUUGUAGUAGUUGUUUCUCUUCUUCCAUACAUCAUACACCUUGUCAUUCAGCGAACAUUCUACCCCAUGGACGAUCAUGUAAUCCAAGAAAUGAAGCAUUUCCGGAAAGAUAUCAUGGACAAUGCUAUGUGGUUGAGGGAACAAAACAGCUCCAAGACAAGCACCCAUGUUGGAUUUUCUGCAAGAGUUGAAGCUAAGAUCACUCGUCUGGAACAACAGUUGCACCACAAGAAGGCAUAGAUAUAUAAAUCAGUGACAAGCAGCCCACUGUUCUAAUAGGUCAUAGAUAUCGUGUCCUAAUUAAGUUGAAUGUUUGUUAUCAGCAUUUCUAUUCUUUUAUUUAUGGGUAAUUCAUUAUUUGUCAAUAGAGUUGUAGAAUCGUGUACCACCUCCAUCUUGUUGGGAUUUUAUUGGACCAAAAAUUGUAUUCUUGACAAUUAUGUUUGCAAUUGUUGAGUUUUUGAACAUCUUU